GCACUUGUCACGCAAAGACCUCUUCUUGAUGUAGAGCCUUUCCAAGGCCCACUGUAUGUUCAGGCGGCCAGCGGAGUAAAGUAUAAAGACAACCAUAAAAGAUGGCGGACAGGGGAGAGCAACGAUUUACAGAAGCUGAAAAGAGACAAAUAGAAAUUUGGAAUAGACAGUUCAUGCAAAAAAAGUACCUAGCACAGAUCAGGAGAAGAAAUAUGAUGGUAUUCGGAGGUCUUUUAACGUCUGUUGCCGCCAUUUGUAUCCUUUUACAGGCUAACCCUGUAACUAUUGCAUCACUGCACUAAAUCGCUAAUUUCUAAUUUAAAUCUCUAAUUUUAAAUUUUAUCUGCCAACAUACUGUAGCAAUUUUUAGCAAGAGAGCUUGAUUAUUAAAUUUACUAUUGCUAUAAUUUUCAAAGUGCGUUAAGACCGAAUUUCAAACAUCGCCUUCCGUGCAUGCAAAAGCACACGUGGACAGAUCUGUCUUCAUUUUAUACCUCAUAUGCAAGGACAGUAAGAUGAUAUUUACUUCACAUGCGGUAAGGUUAUAUCGUAACGCCGGUAUCUGAAUAACCUCUGAUAUUGGUUCCUUCCUCGUAGAUACCCCAGUGUUACUCACAAUAGAUUUAUUGACGCACAUGGGAAUAAUGAUAUUGAACUGUACUGUUGAGCGUUGUUUAUUAUCAUUCGUGCAUAAAACAUAUUGUAGUCGCUUUCCUCCUUCCUCGACAGUCAAUCCAGACAGUAGAUUCCGUUACCUCUUGGCACGAAACGUGGUCAUGCCUCUUCGUUUCUCUCGAAAAGUCCAAAAAUUCAAUCGCAUUUUACACGAAGCGAAUUUCUCAUUAACAUCGAGAUACGGUUCAUAGAUCACCUUGACUAAUAUUUGUUUGAACGCUACAUGCAUACAUGUACGCAGACAGCCGUUUUGUUUAGUGCCUUAAUGACUGCACUUACAAGUGGGUCUAUGAAUGUAGUCGGUUAAUUAAUGUUACUUGUGACAUAUGUCUGCUCACCAAACUGGAACUGUGUAGAGCCGGAAAAAAAGUUAUCAGUCCCAUUCUCUCUUUUGUGUGGGUAGCUUGUUAUAUAAUGUUGUCGAUCAAUGGAGGCAAUGUAAUGAUUUAUCAUCAAUCAAAAAGGGUGUUCUUAAACCACCAUUAUGAUUUUAGCAUCAACAAAACAGGGCGUUCAUGAGGUAGUGGGGUGUUUCUGAUAAAGUAACCGUCAAAUUCUAGAACCCUCUUGAAAGCUAAAAAUACAUGGAGACAGCAUAUUGGUAGAUGCCUCAGAAGGCAAUUAAAUAGUUUAACUCCUCUUCUUUCAUUCACUAGAGUUGUUUGUUAGAUUAAUUGUUAACAGUAUUAUAAUAACAAAGGCAUUCUUUUCUUUGCCAUUUUUGUUUUCAUGUGAAAGCACUUUGUUUGUUAUCAGUAUUUUGACCCCUGGGUGACUUGUUAGGAAGUGGUUUUCAGUGAAAUUUGUCUAUGCACAUGUUUUUGCCACAAGGAUUCUUCAUACUUAUUUCCAUUACAGUUCACAUGUGUGAUGUAAGUCUAGUUGAUUUUAUUGUCCAUCUUUGUAUUGAAAAACAAAAUGCAGAGAAGAAGAGGAACUGUAGGAAAAAACAUUUCUGAUUAAUUACCAUAGUUAAUGAACAUCAAAAUGCCAAAUGUCUACAGGAACAACUUGGCUGUGUAUUUGUUAUGUCAAAAUUUAUGAUUCAUAACUUGAACAAAAUGUGAAAUUGAGCUUUCUUGUUUUGCAGACAGUGUUUUAAAAUGUGGCUUGGGUGGGAUCCAUCAAUUGGGCAAGAAAAAUUGUUAUCAGUGUGAUAAAAACUACUUGCCCCAGAUAACUGUUGUGGGUUUUAAUAGACUAGUGGUUUGGUUUUCAAAGUAUAAUUACUGACAGUACUGUUGAGCACCUCCUUAAAAACAACAAUUCUUUAUGAUUUUUACAACUGCACCAGGAAUUUUCAAGUGGAUUUGUGACAUAAGUAUUGGCACAAAUCUGUUGAACCUUGCUAUUUUACCACUGUAAGACUGGAACAUAGUUAGUUUUAUAUUGUUUGCCUCAGGGUUAGGUGACCAAAAAUAUUUUUAUGGCAACCAUUUUAUAAUUAAAGGUCCCCAAGAGACAGCUUUUUAAAAAUUGAACUUGGAGCCAUGAUGUAGAUGUCAAACAAUUCCUUGUAAAUGAAAGGGAUAGUGUGCUGUCAUUUGAGGAUAGCACCUCCAAGUGAUGCCUGUCUGGCCUCAAAACCUGUUUGCAAAUCUCAAGAGGUUACAAGUUAGUCACAUUAACUGAGACUCUCAUGGCUUGAUAACUGCUGCUGUAUUUACUGGCUUCCACCACUAAUUACUACAGUUAAGUUCACUUUGUUGAAAUACUUAACUUGUUGUAGAUGGAUACACACUUUUGGCAACUAAACAGGAACACCUGGACUUUGAGGAAUAA